AUCUCUUACAGAAUGUUAAUUAUCUGGGUCUUUUUCUUUUCAGGGUUCAAUUGGUGUACAAUUAUAACCACAUAAAAGAACUAUUCGGUCCCGAGGUUUUAGUGGACAUGCGAAAAAAUCGGUCCGACGGGGUUGUUUUAUUUGCAUUUUUAUUUACAUCCCCAGUGAGAAAAAUAUCAAGGAUGAUUUGGGAAAUUUUGUUUGAUUUUCCCUUGUCGUGACAAUCUGACUGAAGGAAUUUCCUAGCCUUUCACUGUACUCAUCGAAACUUUUCAUGUUAAUCAGUGCUUGUCGAUUACAUUGAGUACAAAGGCUUAAGCGUCAAAUUUGAGAUAUGUGGGCUAAUUGUUUGGUUUUUUCGUCUCCUUUCACGUACUUGUUAAUUAAGAUAUUUUCCGUUCUUUGGGUGAAAAUUGCCAAAAAUUUGGCUUAGAUGCCACAUUUUGGGGUGUCUAUUCAAUCAAAUUCACCUAGGAAUUGCGCAGGGACUGUCUGUUGAGGUAUGCUGCACCCGAAAUUGGAUGUUCUAUAUUACUCAGUUUGUACAUGUCGUUUGUGAUUUUGAAACUGGGGUUCAGUUAUGGAAUCUUUAUUAUUGAUCGCCUGUGCUGGCUGAAAACAAGGGGCGUGUUGUUUGUUAUUCGGAGUUUUGGAUUUUCCAAAUAACAAACAAUGUGCUUGCUGCUCAAGCACUCCCACCUAAGCAUAUACCACUAAUUUCCCUUUAUUUUCCAUUCACAUUGCGUCUUCCCAAACUCAUUAUAAAUUCAAAGAUGAUUUACAGGAUACAGGAGGUCAAAGAUAAUUCUAUAUUAAUGUGAAAUCCUGAGUGCAUAUGGAAGCAAUUGAAAACCCAAGUACUGAAAUUGCUGCUAAACUUUUUGAAAUCAAGAACUUAUUUCAAGUACCAAUUUAGAGUGGUCAGUGCUUCAUCAAGGGUUGGAGGAUAAUUCUAGUCUCAGUAAGUCUGUCAUAUCUGAUUCUCUAUUCAUUGUUUUCGGGAGGAGGACUUUGUUGGACAUGCUAUUUUGGAAAGGACUCUUUACGUUAAGUUUUUGAAAUUGGAUAAGGAUGAAUAUAAAGAAUGGGAGAGGAAUACAUUAGGCGUGUUCGUUGGAAAUGAUCAUCUGCAGGACCUUGUGAGCUCCUCAUGCUAAUUCGGAAAAUGACCGAAAUGUGAGCUUGAUACGUGAAGAUAAUAACUCUUUCCAACAUGCUGUAGGGAGCAGACCUAGACUUUCUGUUCAAAUACCUUCAAGGUCAAUCAAUAAUGAAAUUAGUUCUCUGAAAGUGAACCUGCCCCCAACACCAAGUACAAUGAAGAGCAAAACUCCCAUUCAAGGAUUUCCACCUCGGCCGAGCUUUAAGAUUAGGGCAUCUACUUCAGAGGGUGAAAAUAUUGUUUUACUGACACCCGAAGCAUCAUCAAAAAGAGUAGUACCUGAAGUAGAGAAUAAGCUUUCAUAUUUAAGGUCAUAUUCUUUGAAGAAGGUCCUAGCAGCAUUUUCAGCAAACAAAUCUUCAUCACUUCCAGUUACCCGUGAUGCAAAAUUGUCUCCCUCAACUUCCCAAUCAACACAUGGAGUAAAAGCUGCUGAUCAGCCUCCUGCGGUUGUACAUGCUGCUGGAGGAAACUUUUCUCGCUCACUGUCAGCACCCUCAAAUAAUAAAAAGAAGAGCUUGAGGAGAACAGAUUCUGCAGGUGGUGUCAUACUUGUCAAACCAAUUACACCUCGAGUCAUUGAGGCUGGAGGUGUUGCCACACCAAGGGAAAUCUCAGCUGUAGAUUCCGGGAUUGAGGAUGACACGCAAGAAAUUCCUGAAGAAGAAGCAGUUUGCAGGAUUUGUAUGGUUGAACUAUGUGAAGGAGGACAGACUCUUAAAAUGGAAUGCAGUUGCAAAGGUGAGCUUGCACUUGCACAUGAAGAGUGUGCGGUGAAAUGGUUUACCAUAAAGGGAAACAAAAUAUGUGAUGUCUGCAGGCAAGAAGUUCAAAACCUACCCGUGACAUUGAUGUUGAGAACACAAAGUGUUGAAAAUGACAUUAGACAGCCAGCAAGAAGGUUUCAAAACCAACAGGUGCAACAAUACAGGUUCUGGCAGGAUAUACCAAUCCUUGCAAUGAUCAGCACGCUUGCAUAUUUCUGUUUUCUUGAACAGCUUCUUGUAAAUGACUUGAAGGCUGGUGCUUUAGCGAUUGCAUUACCUUUUGCAUGUAUAUUGGGUUUACUGGCAGCAUUAACAGCCUCAUUUUUGGUGAACAAAGAUUUUAUCUGGGCUUAUGCUUCAUUUCAGUUUGCAUUUGUCAUCUUGUUUUCUCAUAUCUUUUAUUCAGUGAUUCAGAUAAAUGCUGUUCUUGCAAUUAUUCUUGCAUCAUUUGCUGGAUUUGGAGUUGCAAUGGGUACAAACUCUUUAAUUAUAGAAUUCUGGAUAUGGCGAGCCAGGUCUAGAGUGAGAUCAAAUGUCUCACAAAAUAACCAAAUGAGACACACAUUGCAAAAUGAGUCCACUGACUAUCUUCAGAAUGAUGGUCAACAGCAAGCUGCUCCAGACAGUCAUGCUGAUUUUGCAAGUCUAGCUGCCUCACACAAUAACCCCUUGCUCAGUUCUCAGAGAUCCAAUUCAUAGUAGUGCUCAUGGAUUAUCUCUGCAUUAAAACCGCUUCAGAGGCAGUCUGGCUUGUAAUUUAUACCAGAGUCAAUAAAUUAAUAAAAUCAGGAAAUUUGCAGGUGUUUGUAUAGGCUUACUUCAUUCAUUAUAUGUGGUAAGAUUAAAUAAUCCUUACCAUUACACUGGGUAAAUAAUUAUUCAUGCGUAUUUAAGCAAUGACAUCUAUGUAAAAUAAGUGCAUGUAACAGAAAUUUCUUUCAACUCAAUGGGGAACUGAUAAGUAUCCAAACGGCUACCUGAUUUGGAGCAACAUGUUAACAUCGACAUUAUUUGGUUUUGGUUUUUUAAGUAAUGUCAAAGGACUCAUCAAUAUUUUUAAUCA